UUAAACAACAUGCAUGGCAUUCUCACACCUUAACUUUUCAACUUUACCUGACAACAAACUUUUGGAAAUAAGCACCGCAUUUAUUGAAACAGGAUCUUAUGGAAAAAGCUAAUUACUUCCACUGCAUUUGAAGAGCUGCUGGAUAUGGACUUCAAGACAGUGAGUUGUUUGGAACAAAUGUGAUCUUUCUAGCAGGAUUGUGUGCUGGGCUGAUCUAUUGUAUUGAGUUCCACCGUCCAGGAUUUCAUCAGACACAGGAAACUUCAUCUAAACUUUGGAUUUGCAGUACGUUUAGAAUCUGUCUUUAAGGGACAUUUCUGAACUGUUCAUGACAAUGCCUGUGGUCAAAGUGGAGAAAGACUCUCCUGCAGACAACACUAUGUCUGCCUCCAACCCUCCACUGCAGACAGAGGAGCAGCCCAGAGGUCGGAGAAGGAAGAGACCUCUCCAGCGAGGGAAACCUCCUUACAGCUACAUUGCACUCAUUUCCAUGGCUAUAGCCAACUCCCCUGACCGCAAGCUGACUUUGGGGGGCAUCUACAAAUUCAUCACAGAACGCUUCCCCUUCUACAGAGAAAAUUCAAAGAAAUGGCAGAACUCAAUCCGCCAUAACUUGACUCUCAAUGACUGCUUUAUCAAGAUCCCCCGAGAGCCGGGGCGGCCAGGGAAGGGCAACUACUGGGCCUUAGACCCGAACGCAGAGGACAUGUUUGAGAGCGGCAGCUUCCUGAGGCGCAGGAAGAGGUUUAAGCGCUGUGACUUGAGCACUUACACCUCAUAUGUCCAUGAGACACCGGUUUUCUCUCCGGUCCAGAUUGCCAGAUCAGCCGCAUAUACCAACUCAGUCUACAACAACAUGACAGUCAAUCCGGCCUACGGGCAGCAGCUGCACUCUGCCUAUUACCCCCCUUCAUCUCCUCCUGGGUUUGGACCUGGACAGACCCGCAUGUUCAGCAUCAAUAACCUCAUAGGACACCAGACUCCUGCAAGCAUGCUGGGAGGUCAAGGGCCAGAGGUGAUGCAGCAGCCCGGCCGGAGCUUCAGUCCUGAGGGGCUCCCAAAUGGAUCCAGCCCCUGCAGCCUGGGAGCCCCGGCUUUCCAGAGUCAACCAUGCGGAGGGGCUGUAUCAUCACGCUCCUCUACACAUCCCGGGUUCACCUACUCCGGGCCAAACGGCCACCCACACCACCAUACACACCAUACACACCAGGGCUCGUAUGGACAGGGCCACACCCAGGGGUAUGCCGCGACAGGACGCCUCCAUUCCUCAGCCCACGGGUCUGUGGAGUCCAUGGACCAUUACGGAAGGGUCUCCCCAAUGCAGUUGGGGUCUUUCUGCCAGUAUAACAGUGCUGCAAGUCCUAUCGCCAACACUGGGGGUUACCUGAGACAUCCAACGUACCCAGGGAAUAUGGACAGGUUUGUGUCUGCUAUAUGAGCCACUGAGAAUCUAGAUCCGAGCAUCUAACUACCGUGUUAACACAACAUCAGGGACUUGAGACGGCAGACAUUUCUGCGCACAAACGUGUUUUUUGUUUUGUUUUUUUAUGACUUUUGACUUAUGAUUUUUUUAAGGACAAAACUGAAUAGACUGAUUAAAGCACGUCUUCUGACAUAACUGUGAUUUACCAUUUUCCAUAUUGAUAAUUUACUUUGAGAUACUGUAAAUUAAGCCUCUUCACAGCAUGUGAGUGUAAAGUUCUAAUCUAAUGUCAUGUGUGGUUGCCAGCUUCGUUUUUUUGUCAUGAAUUGAAUGUGCAAGUUUAAUAUGUACAUUACUGGUGAAUUUAAAUGACAGACUUUGAAAUAUUAGUAUAAAUUAUUGUGCUUCAUGGUCAUAGGCUUUGCAAUGCGUGGCUUGUAAAAAGAAUGUCAGCUUUAGUACAUGUAUUUUGUUGCCAAAUGUAAAUGCAUAUUAGGUUGCC